UCAAUAACUAUUUAUAUUAUAUUCGCACCUUCUGUUUGUUUCGUGUUUAAGUUACCAUUCGAUUUGCUCUGCUGAGCAUUUUGCUUAUAUUUGCGUUUUGAGAAGGAGCUUGAGUGCGACAAAUAUUAAAAAUGAGGGUUAUUAACCCACCUGGUGGCAAAACCAAUAUUAAUAUCUAUAGAGAAGAGUUAAUUGAUAAUUCUCAAGUAAUAACGGUUAACAAAUGUCAGGAAGAAAGGAUGAAGUCAAGUAUUUUUGAUGGAGUUUAUGAGUCUAAAAAAGAUAUUCAAACAAAUCAAAAUGAGGUGAUUUGUAUUGUUGAACAGAAAAAAAUCUCUGACGAAGUAGAUGAUAUAAAAUGUUGCGAAGAAAAGAAAAUAGCAGGAGUACCAACCAUAACAGCUUUAGGUUCAAUUUAUUCAAACGGAAGACUACCUCACAGAAAAAUUUCUCCCCUGUCAGUACGAAAUAAUCAAUCGCAUAUUUUUGAUUAAUUCCAUGUAAAAUAAUAAUAACACGAACAACUUUUUAUAUAUACACAUACAUAUAUACUAACACGUAUUUGAUAUGUAUAUAUUAAACAUAUUCCUUUAUAAUAUACGGGAAAAAAACAACGCUAACUUUUUUACACAUUGUGUAUAUAUUUUCUUAUAUUUACUCUAAGAUCAAAGAUUAUAUUUAUUUGUAUUAUAUUAAAUUAUAAAUAUAAAAAAUUGUAUUACGAUAAAUUAUAUUAAUUAAACUAUAAUAAAACUAUAAUUAAAAUAUUUUAUGUCACUUUAAUUCUAAUAAUAUUUAUUUUUAUUAAAAACAAAUACAGUAUUUUUACUAUUCGACGUUAACUAUUUACCUAAACAUCUAGUAAAGAGUUUGGGAGCAUCCAUGACCCCUCCUCCCUUUUUGAACGCAUCUGUAUGCUUUCAACAGAUCUGUGUACAUAAAUUCAAACCUAAUUCUUUCUAACGCAUAAAUUUUUUUAACAUUAAAAACAAACAAAACAAUUUUGACAUUUCUCUUUUACGUAACAUAAUAUUGGUUUUUUAAAUUCGUAAAAAUCUAUACUUUUGUUAAAAAAAGAAAACAAGCUUUAGGAGAAAUAGAGAACAGAAUAGAGUCAAACUGAGUAGUUACUCACUGUCUUUUACCACCACCCCUAACCUCUAUACAUAUUUGUACGUUUUUGGCAUAUCAAAAAUUCAUAACAUAUAAGAAAUUUAAAAAAAUGAUUGUUGUGAAAAGUUAAGAAUAAAAGGAGUCUCAAAAAAUGUUCAAAUUAUGUGAUUUUUGAAAUAUAGGAGUUUUGGUUUAUAAGACCAAAUUAUAAAAAAUAUAAGGAAGGGGAGACGAUUUCCAGAUUUAAUAAUUUGAAUGCAAUGCAAUCACACAAUUUUGAAUUUUAUUAAAGUUGUAAUUUUAUUUACACAGCCUAACUAUAUUAUUUCCGUUUUCAAACAACUUGCUGUGUUUAACAUAUAAACUUACAAAAAUAAAAAAAUUCAAAACUUUCUAAGGGGGGCGAUCACCCCCAUCGCCCCCUCUAUGGAUCCGGCCUUGUGUCAAUAUUAGUGCAUAUGUAAAUAUGUAUUAUAAUACAUAUGUAAAUAUGUUCUUAAUAUUUUUUUAAUGGCGAUUUUUAAUAGCAUGCUAUUAAAAAUUCGAAGCUGGAAAGAAAACAAAAUGGUUUUUACUUAAUCUUUACGAAUUUAGUUAUUAUUUUUGAUCUCUAUAAUAUCGCUUGUUUUACAGAAAACACGAAAAGGAAAAAAAAAAAAAAAAGAGUAUGACAAACGAGUUCGUGAAGUCGAACAUGGCAGUUUGACACCACUAGUGUUUGGUACAAAUGGAGGUUUGGGUAAAGAAUGUCAUCGGUUUGUUAGAAGGCUAGCGGAGAAACUAGCGGAAAAACAAAAUGAAAAGUACUCAAUUGUUAUGACGUGGUUAAGAACGAAGUUAUCUUUUGAGAUACUUCGCUCAACUAUCCUUUGUUUAAGAGGUUCAAGAACACCCUGGACUAAAAUAAAUGAUUUUGAAAUCGGUGUUGAUUUUAAGAUGGAUGCUCUAGAAGCAAGAAUCUGAGUUCUUAUAAAUUUAUAUUAUAGCAUUUUGUUUUACUUGUAUAUUUAUAUUCUAUUGAAUUAAUUGUUUGAGCUAUAAAA